AACAUGAUAUAAAUUUACGUAUUAAUUCAAAAACUGGAAAAGUUGGAAAUCGAACAAUAUCUUUUGAAACAAUAAUGAAAGUAAUUACCUUUAUAGAAAUUUUGACAAACAAAAUGGUUUACCAUCUCCAG